GUUAUUCCUCGGUGCAUUGGCUAUGAAAUCUACACAACCAGGCUACUCUAAACUGUUUAAGCAGCCUGCCCACACUGUUGACAGCAUAUAAUUGGGACCGAUGACACAUCCAAUUUUCCCAUUCCAGUAUUGAUAGUGUUAGUGUUCCCACACGGCCGUAUCUCCACGUUACAGCACGUGUUUACCGGAGAUGAAGGCGACCACCUGUGGUAAUUAGCUGUGUAGAUGCUCCAAACACCUGUGUGUAGGCCCAACGGAAGAAGGCCGCGAGAAACGUGUUAUAACUGAACAAUACUAGAGGCUUCAACUGUGAUAAAGCCGUUUAAAACAAGUGUACAGCCCCAUCAUGUCCAGCUCGCUCCUAUGGGCAGUGGACGUAUACGGGAAGGUGUACAGCCUAUCCACCACCAGAGGGCGCUGGGAGCGUGACGAGGACACCCUCCUGGAGCUAAAGCGCGUUACCGCUGGACAGAGGUGCAGCUGGGGAAUUGGCUGUGACCACCAUGUUUACCUCAAUAUCGACCCUGGGGAGGUGCCAAUUCGCUAUCGAGAGGAGACCUAUGAGAACCAGAGGUGGAACCCAGUGGACGGCUUCACUGACGUGCUGCUGCCCACUGACCGUUGGGCCUGGAGUGACCUCACAGGGGUGACCGCCCAGCCACUGCACAGCUUUCUGUUGCCCUCAAACAGCUGGGAGUGGGAGGGGGACUGGUACGUUGACCAGGUCUGCGCUGGAGUAGACCCCACUGAAACUGGGGGCUGGGAGUAUGCAGUGGACUUUCCUGCUAACUUCUCCAGAGAGAAGAAGUGGAACUCAUGUGUUUGUCGCAGGCGAUGGAUUAGAGACAGGAUAUACAAAGCCAGAGGCUCUUGGACCAAGAUCCCCUUGGACCACCCCAAGCAGCCCCCUCUCCCCCUCAGUGACAUUAGCUGUGGAGGCUGGGAGAUGAGUGACGAACCCGGGCGAUAUCACUUCCUGUGGGGUGUGUCCCAACAAGGACAGGUGUGGUUCAGGAGUGGCAUCCUGCCACUGGUCCCUGAGGGCCAGUGUUGGGACGAGGUGGAGGCCCCCAGGGAGGUGGCCCAGAUCUCUGCCGGACCAGGGGACUUGCUCUGGGCUGUACUCUGGGACGGACAGCUACUGGUCCGCACAGGCAUCUGCCUGGACAGCCCUGCAGGUUCCUCCUGGGUGGUGGUGGAUUCUCCCCCAGUAAAGGAGGGCGGAACCAUCCAUGUUGCUGUGGGGGUCAGCGUGGUGUGGGCCGUCACUAAGGACUACAAAGUGUGGUUUCGGCGGGGGGUGAACUCCCAUAACCCCUGUGGCUCAGGAUGGAUCAGCAUUGGAGGGGAGAUGAUGAUGGUGGAUGUGGGACUCAAUGACCAGGUGUGGGGAGUUGGAGAGGACCGUGGGCUGUACUUCAGGAAGGGUGUCACCCCAUCGGAGCCCAGUGGGAGGGGCUGGAUACCUGUUUCUGCCCAAUGGGGUCACAGCAAAAAGAUGGUCCAACCCAGUGCUGGCUGUGAGUUCGGGGGACAGCUGACCAAUGCUUCCCAUGGCUCUGUUCUGACCUGCGAGGACUCAGGGGACACAGAGCUCCUCCUCACCACCACCCCCCCAAGGCCACAGGACAACCCCAAAGCCUUCAUCCCCACCAGUGACAGCUUCAUCUCCAGCCUGGUGGCUGACCGUGAGCCCCUGAGGACCCCCACACCCUCCCCCAAAAAGCCACCCCAGGGGAAGGACAGCGAGGCCACCCCAGCCCCGAUGUGCAAUGUAGACCUGGAGGCAGCCCAGAGCCCCCAGGGAGAGGCAUCUUCUCUAGGCAGGGCAGGGGACGUGGGACCCCCCACCUCAGUGGCCACCUACCCCCUGGGUCUGGAGUCUCUGGGUUUGGGGGAGGAGGACGGGCCUGUAUGGGCCUGGAUCUCUGGCGGAGGCUGUGACGUGGACCAUACAGCUCAGAUGACCUGGCUCAGGCCUGCAGACCCAUGCUCCACUGCCCUGUCCAUCACCCCUGUUGAACCAGAAGCCUCGACGGCUAGGAAGGCCGAGACCACCACCAGUAAGGAGCCAGUGGAGAGAAGUGCGUCUGUGUGGGUGAGGAAGGGCAGCAUGCGCUGGUGGAGGGACUGGAAGCCCUAUCGCUGGGUGGAUGUGGGCGUGGCCCUGGAGCAGUCCACCAACGUCAAUGACAAGAGGGAUGCCAUCUUCUUCAUCUACUUCACCCAGUAUGAUGAGAAGAAGUACCUCCAUGUGUUUAUAAGUGAUGUGACGGUGCUGGUUCCUGUGCUCAAGGAAAACUCCCAUCAUGCCUUUGCGGUGUACACGUCAGAUAGCACAAAACAAAGAUGGCCGCUGAUCCUGGCUGCACAGACUGAGAAGGACAUGGCUGACUGGCUGUCCCUGUUGGCUGGGUGCUGCUGCGAGGCCAGAGGGAUCAGGGGAACCCCCUCCCGACAGGCCCUGUGGUCAGUCACCUCCAAGGGGGACGUGAUGGUCCACGAGCCCUCUCCCUGUCUGGAGGCCCCGGCACACACCUUGCCCUGUGACAUGAUGUUUUGGCUGCAGGUCCCGGGCCACCUGCGCUGUGUAGAGUCUAACAGUCUGGGUGUGGUGUGGGGGAUCGGGUAUGACGGCACCGCCUGGGUCUACUCUGGUUCGGGCAGCGCUGCUGGGGAAGAGCCCCCUCAGGGAGACAGGGGCAUCCUGCCCACACAGACAGAUGGAAGGACUGUGUACAUCUUUGAGAACCAGCGAUGGAACCCCAUGACCGGAUACACAGACAAGCUUCUCCCCACAGACCGGUUCCCGUGGAGUGAUGACAAUGGCUUUACAGAGUGCACCAAGUCCACCACCCACCCACCCUCGCCUCAGUGGAGCUGGGUGACAGAGUGGGCCGUCGACUUCGCUUUCUCAGGAGGGACAGACAAAGAGGGGUGGCAGUAUGCAGCAGACUUCCCUGUGACGUUUCAUGGCAACAAGAGCCUGAAGGACUUUGUCAGACGUCGGCGCUGGGUCAGGAAAUGUAAAAUCACCCUGACUGCCCCAUGGCAGGAAGUCCCACCCAUCCCACUAAGUGACAUCACAGUGUUGCCGUCCCUGGCUCAGAGCAGUAUGGAGCAGGUCCCAGUCUGGGGCCUCAGUGACAAGGGGGACGUCCUGUGUCGCCUGGGGGUCACCCCCCAAAACCCUGCGGGUUCCUCGUGGCUCCACGUGGGUACUGACCAGCCCUUCAAGUCCAUCUCCAUCGGGGGAGGUCACCAGGUGUGGGCCAUCGCCAGGGACAGAGCUGUGUUCUACAGGGGCUCAGUGUCCGCCAACAACCCUGCAGGAGAGUGUUGGUACCACAUCCCUUCCCCACCCAAACAGAGCCUCAGACAGCUGUCUGUAGGGAGAACCUCGGUCUACGCCGUGGACGAAAACAGUAACCUGUGGUACAGACAGGGCCUGACUCCCAGCUACCCCCAGGGCUCAGCCUGGGAGCUCAUCUCCAACAACGUGACCAAAGUCUCAGUAGGACCUCUAGAUCAGGUAUGGGUGAUAGCAGACUGGGUCCCAGGCUGCCCCAGUGAGCUGUCUGUCCCUGGAGCUGUCUGUCACAGGCUGGGGGUGGGACCUAUGCAGCCCAAGGGCCAGUCCUGGGACUACGGCAUCGGGGGAGGAUGGGAGCACAUCAGUGUGAGAGGGAACUCCACAGAGGCUCUACGUGCCAACCCGGCCCUUACUGGAUCCACCCCCCGUAGCCCACUCCCUGCCAGGCCAGUCCUUACUGGAUCCACCCCCCGUAGCCCACUCCCUGCCAGGCCAGUCCUUACUGGAUCCACCCCCCGUAGCCCACUCCCUGCCACCCCGGCCCUUACUGGAUCCACCCCCCGUAGCCCACUCCCUGCCAGGCCAGUCCUUACUGACGCCACCCCGCAUAGCCCACUCCCUGCCAGGCCAGUCCGUACUGACACCACCCCCCGUAGCCCACUCCCAGCCAGGAUACCUUUGUCACAGGAGAACGGGAACUCUGUGGGUCUGUAGGGUCCCUACUAACCCGCCCCGUUCCUACAUCUCUACCCACAGCCCUGUGUGUGCCUGAUUCCAUUUCCAACCCUGGUUGCACAUUUUUGCUACAACCCAGCACAAACAUGGUAAUGUUGGUCUAAAUGUGAAGACCAUGAAUUGGUUGGAUAUUUAAAUCACUUAGUGUUAGGCUGAAACAUGUUGGCCACCUUUGACCCAGCACUGGAAGUAUUAGUGCUUCUGUCAGUUUAUCCAGUCCACGUUCUGUGAAACUUAGUGGCAGGUGAUAGAAGUAGCUAAGGUGAGAAAUGGAACCAAGCCUGUGUCCCAUACCAAGACACUGACUGCCUACGCCACUCCCUUGGACCUCCGUGUAGUCUUGCUUUGUAUGAUUUUGUUUUGGCUUUCUCAUUUGCCUAGUUGACACACUACCUUCUCAUCAAGGUCUAUGUAUGCGUUAGCAUUUAUUUUUUGGUUUACUGUCAUCUUGGUUUGGCCUGCAUGAUGUUUGCAAUAGCUUUUUCAGAACUAAA